GGGCUCAGAGAAGCAGCUCUUGAGAAGAAGAAGUUGUAUUCGCAACAGGGGAAGGAAACACCUGAGCAGGAGCUGAUCUAGGAAGAGCUUGUUUUCCAAGGGAACAGUGACCCCAAAGGGUAGAAGAUGCUGGACAAGGCCACCCUGCUCCUCUUCCUGCAUUUAGUCGCAUGCUCCAUCUGCUCUCCUCUCUAUCCAGCUCUCAGGUACAGUCCAGGGCCAGUUGCUGGCAAGGUUAUGAACUUCCAGCUACAGCACAGCAGCCCAUUGCAGAGCCAUAAUCCCUCAGCAGAGGAACAGGAGGAGGAGGGUUUGUUAACAGACCCCUCUGCAAAAAGGAUGCAGCGCCAUGCUGAUGCCAUAUUCACCGACAACUACCGGAAAUUCCUGGGGCAGAUUUCUGCCCGCAAAUUCUUACAGACCAUCAUUGGCAAGCGGCUUGGAAGCAGCGAGAGCAGCCCAGGGGAAGGGGUGCAUGAAUUUCUGACAAGGCGCCAGUCUGACAGCAUCCUGAUGGACAGCCGCUACCACCAACAGACAGUACUAAGGGACUUCCUGGGAGCCAUUCUGCAGAAUCAAAGGCCUCAGGACAUCAACAGCAGUCGGUUAGAAGGCUUUCCCAGCACCCUGGCGAAGCUCAUGUAA